UAUUAUAAAAGAAACAGUAUGAAAAUCAUUACAAAACAAGAUGUGCUCUGCUGCGUCCCAGAAGUAUGUAAGUCCACAACAUACAACACUAAGUCCUCAAAACAUGUACGUUGGAGGCAACGGAUUCACUCGUAAUUACAACAUGUCACCGUCUACCAAGCAAACUCAUGUAUCUCCUAUAUCAAUACAAAUGAUAGUUCUAAUUUUUUCGGUUUUAUUGUGCAUAUUCAGUUGUCUAUUGACUGUUACAUUGUCCUACAAAUGGCACAUCGACACUAAUCAACAAAUCAAUCGACUUGUGGGUACAGUUGAGGAUGCAAUACAUGAUUUAAAUACCUUCACUGACAUAGUUAGAAAUGAACUUGUGGCAAAACAUGUAAGUAAUACAUACAAAGAUCAACACAAAGUUAAAACUGAUGGAAACGACUAUGAAGAUUUAGAAGAAGACUACAAUGAAGGAGAAGAUCGAUUUAUGGGCAGAGACUUAUUGGACAACAAUUGGCCAGCAAAGACAUAUCAGGCAAACGAAUCAUACAAACCAAAAAACCGUGAUCGACGCAACGCUGUGAUUGAUGCAAAAAAUAUAGUGAAAAAUGAAUUAAAUAGCUCAAAAAAUGAAAAGCCUGAUGUAGAAAUAAUUCAAGAAGAAAAUACAGUGAAGACCUAUAGUCGAAGAAAGUCUAAGAAAAUGGGAAUGUUAAAAAAAAAAGUAUCUGUGGAAUCAGAAGAUGAAGAAUCAUAUGAAGAUUUUAAAGAAACUCGAGAAACUGCAGCAGCACAUUUUACUAGCGAUUCAUCAAAAUACAGUACCAAAACACAUCCACAUUACAAUGGAAAUGGGCGUUUAAGACACCCGGAUGGUGAUUUUAGAGACUGGAACCAACAUAUUUGGGAAGUACCUCUGAACAGCGCAAAUCAUCUCACAAUGAAUAAUGGCAAAGUUGAAAUAUUGAAACCAGGACUUUAUUUUGUUUAUGCUCAAAUAUACUAUUCAGAUAAACAUGACAUUAAUGGAUAUUAUGUUAUGAAAAAUGAAGAAAAAGUACUUGGUUGUACUUCAACUCGAUAUCAAGAUACCCAAUCAUCAGAUUCAUGUUAUACAGGAGGUCUAAUAUAUUUCAAUGCUAAUGAUAACUUAUCCAUAAGAGGUUUAGAUAGUGAAAGAUUUAUAAUUUUGGAUCCUGUUAAGAGUUUUUUUGGACUCUUUAGAAUUUCAAGAGAUGGUAAAAGAUAGAUAAACAUGUAAAUUUUUGUUAAUCAACGAUCAUAUAAUUUAUUUAAUAAUAAUAAUAAUAAUACAAACAGUGUAAAAAAUACUAUUUAAAAAUAUAAUAUAAACAUAAUUUGGUUCAGUCAUAUGAUUGGACGGAUUGGUUGUAUUAAAUUAUUAUUUAUUACAAUACGCAUAUAAAAAUUAUUAUUUCUAAUGGACUAACAUAAAAUUUAAAAAAAAUAUCUAUAUCUAUCCUAGUUUUAAUUUGAACACAUUAAAUAAAAGAACUAUUAUUAUAAGUUUUAUAAUAAUUUAACAAUUUAUUAUUAUUAUUAUUUUUAUUAUGAUUUAAGAUUCCUAAUAAAGAAAAAUAAAUGUAUUUGUGAAUUUGUAUAUAAUUUGUAAUUUUAUAAGAAUAUUAUUAAUGAAAAAUUAAAAAAAUACCAUAGCUGAAAAACAUAAAACUAUACAAAUGAUUGUUUUUUUUUUUUCAUGGAAUUUAAUUUAUUGAUAAAUCAAAAAUGAAUAGUUUUAAUAGAUGCACCAAACAAAAUAAUUGUCAGAAGAUUGUCAUCAUAUUAAAAAAUAUUAUUGUUACAAUUAAUUUUUGAUUUUGUCAAAAAAAAAAAUUAAAAAUUAUUAAAAAAAAUUGUUAAUUUAAAAGUAAUUCAAUAUAUAAAUGCGUCAAUGUUGAAACUUAUUUUAUAAAAUAAUAUGUAAAAUAAACAAUCAUUUGUAUUGAUUAAUUAAUGUAAAGUUUAGUUACUCUGAAUUAUAAAUAAUACAAUAUAGACAUUCGACAUACAUAUGACGAAUAAAAAUAUCCAAUUAAUGAUUUUUUUUUAUUAUUAUUAUUAGAAAUAAGCCUCAAUAACUUGGCUAUUAGUUGACAUGUGACAUUAUUUUUCUUUUAUAUAAUAUUAUACUUAUUUAAUAAUACUGCAUUUCAUGAAAUUUUAUCCAUUUUGUUUAAAAAUAUAUAUAGUAAUUACAAUAUAGUUACUUUGAAUUA